CAAUAUAACAAAAAAUAAUGAUAAAGUCCCACGAAAAAGAUUUCUUUGCUCAUUUCCUCUUCUACGCAACUCUCUUUUUUCCUCGCUUUCGAUCGCCAAUCGGUUCUCCAGAUCUCGUCCCCUUCGUCUCGUUUGUGAAUGUGCAAUUCAGAAAGCCGUUUAAUCCUGUGAAGAUGGCAAACAAUGAGGAGGGAGAGGAAAACACUAAUCGUGGGAAUGAAUGGGAAGUUGUUUCACUUACGGCAUCAGCAUAUGCUGCUGCCCCUGGUCCAGAAGAAGUUGAAUUGAAUGAUAAUGACAAGGCUAAUAUGCCGGCAGAGGAAGCUGAAACUUCCCAUGCCUUGUUCAUGUCAGGUCAUUUUGUCUUCCCACCAAGUCAGCAUGAGAAUUUGCCCUUGGAACCUAAUAAUAGCACGUUUCAUAAAGACCAUGGGGAUAAAGAUGUUGUAAAUGAAUUGGCUGUUGAAGAAGCGGGUAGAUCUAGUGGAAAGGAUGAAGAAAAUUGGGAAUUCAAAGGAUUGGCUGUACCAGAUGAGUUCCAGGGAAUUCAGAUUUUUGACGAGAAGGGUAAUAGGCUAGCCUUUCGUGGUACAGAUUUUGAAGAAGGUAGAAAUCUUCAAGGUUUGCAUCUGGUUGAAGAGCAGAAUUUGUAUAGUGCUGCUGCCAGGUAUAAUUCUUUCCAAAGUGAGACAGGUCUUAGUGGUUCAACCGCAUUCGGAGAGGAGACAGCUGUUCCAGAUUUCAUAGAACCAUUAGAGCAAGGAUCAGAUGCCGGGGACAUCACACGUUCACCAAGGCCUUCGAAGGACGACAGACAUGAUGGUUCCAGGCUUCCAUGUGGAGCAUGGUGGAAAAGAGGAGCUGCUUCUUUAUAUUCUCAAGCAAAACAAGCAAAUGCAUUUUGGUCCAUCUUCAUUGCAGCAGCUGUUAUGGGCCUGGUGAUUCUUGGGCAGCAAUGGCAGCAAGAAAGAUGGCAAACUAUGCAACUUAAGUGGCAGUUCCGCCUUAAUAGUGAGAAGACAGGCAGGAUGUUCGGCCCCAUAUCUCGAUUAAAAGAUGUGAUUGUGGGAGGUCAUCGUCGCGGUUCUCUCAUCAGAGGCAGCUCAAGUGAGAAUUAAGAUGUCAACAUGGUCCCUUUCGUUGGGAGCAGUCUUCAAACCAAUAAUCAAGAUGAUGACGAAAAAUGUGAGAGUUGUUAGGUUGUUAUAUGCUAGUUUGCUGCAGUGUGGUAUGCUCUUUUUUUUUUUUUUUGGUUCUUUUUUUUUUUUCCUCUUUUCCUGAACUUCCUCAUUUGGCGAAACAUGUUAAAAGCUUGAUGUUGUAAUUUUAUUAUUUGGUGUUGUAUUUCUCUGAAUUUGCGUCUGUAUAGAUUUUAAGUGCUGGCAAUAGUUCAUUGUUUAUCCAUGUGAAAUGAUUAAUGCUCCACACGGUUGUUUAAGGGAUA